AUGACUCAAAAUCAUUAUACCACAUCAAUUUUUGCCAAUUGUUCGAAACACUAUGAAUUCGAAAUUUUAUUGGAAACGUGCACGAAUUCCACAAAUCCAUGUCAUGCCGUUUCACAAAUCCAAUCAGCAAUCACAAUCGCCUACGUGGAUUAUUAUACAUCAGUUGCUCUAUUUUCAAUAGCUGCUCUAUUGGACAUUUACUGUCUCAUAAUAACAAUUCCACUAUACCGUCGAAUGAAGGAUGACUCUAAAAAGAAAUACGUAUUCCUGAUAACUAGAUGUAUAUCUGGGCUGUUACUUGUAGUUGCUUGGCUUCUAAUACAAUGCAUUUAUCUUCGAUUCAUUGCGCCAAGCCAGGACAAUUUGCCAUAUUAUGUGCUGGCACUCGCAUUGAAUAUUGGAAGUACAUAUGUCUUACUAGGAUCGUACGUUGGAAUGGCUGGAAUUCUUUACCUCGGCGUCCUGAACCCCAUUGCUUUCAAUCAACACCUAACCUUACGAAUAGUCUACAUAGCGGUUUGCAUAAUAUUUGUGAUAUCGAUUUUUAUAUCAAUACCUCUUGCAAUAUUUCAAGCUCUAAUGACUGUUCCAACUAGCUCAAUGAGUUGCACAGAUACAGCGUGUGCUCCGUUGAUCACCUUAAUCAAUUUUGUUCUCGUUUUUGGAUCUCUUAUUACAACUACGCUUACGCUAACCUUUGUGUUGAUCUCAUUGUGUCGUCAUCGGAAGGAGUUCAAAAAGCUGGAUACCACUUCAAAUACAUCGUUAAAUUCCGCAGUUCGUUUAUUAAAAUUCACACUUUUUGCCGUGCUCUUGUUGGUUGCAGCUGAAGUUAUUCCCUUCGUCAUCUCAGAAACCAAAAAGAAGCAUUCCGUAGUCACUGGAUGUUACUACUUUUACCAUUCUGGCAAAGUUAUUCAAUAUGCUGUGUUUGCCCUAACGGAGUCUUCAAUUUGGAGCAUUGCACUGAUAAUUGAUCCACUGAUUAAUAUUAUUUUCGAUAGAACUGUAUCCAAAAAGGCUACUGACCAGGUAAAAUGGAUGCGGAAAAGCUGUGUAGGCUUGGUUCGAAAAGUUACGAAACGGAGCAACCCGGAAAAUUUCACGGAGACCAGUGAAAUUUAGAGAUUCUGUAAUGGAGUAAUAGUAUUAUAAAACACGAACUCGAAUGAAUGUUUAUUUCCAAUUUUUCGAUUUGUAAUUUAGCUUGCACUAAAGGUGACCUACGUCUGUUUCGUGACUAUACACAAACAUCCAGGAAGUAGGAUCUAAACACAGCAAUUUCUAUAACAUUCAAUGCAUAUUACAUAUCAAUAUCACUAUUCUCUGCAACAGCACUUAUCAAUUUAUAUUGCCUCUGUGUAACACUUCCAUUACUUUUCGAAACUGAAGAAGAACUACAGAAGCGAUAUAUUUUCUUAGUGACUCGAUGUCUUUCCUGUAUAUUUAUGGUUAUUCCAAUGAUUUUGAGCACAACUGUAAUGAAACAUUUUUUGAAUUCACAUCCAUCAACAUUCAUCCUAUAUGCCCUAAUGAAUACUGUCAGCAAUACCAGUAUGUUCGGAUUUUUAGGUAAUUUUU